CAUCUCUUGGCUCGCGAUCCUCACGUGCCCUGUCUUCUUCUCGGCCCAAGUGACACGCAGAAGCGAGUAGAAACUCUGAACUAGGAGUCAUGGAAACCAAACCCAAGCUAUACUACUUUCACGGCAGAGGCAGGAUGGAGUCGAUCCGCUGGCUGCUGGCUGCAGCGGGAGUGGAGUUUGAAGAAGAAUUUCUUGAGACAAGAGAACAAUAUGAGAAAUUGCAAAAGGAUGGGCUCCUGCUUUUUGACCAAGUACCUUUGGUUGAAAUUGAUGGAAUGCCGCUGACUCAGUCCAGAGCCAUCCUUAGCUACCUUGCUGCCAAGUACAACUUGUAUGGGAAGGACCUGAAGGAGAGACUCAGGAUUGACAUGUAUACUGAUGGCACCCUGGACCUGAUGCUAAUGAUUGCCCAGGCUCCAUUUAAACCCCCUAAGGAAAAGGAGGAGAGCUAUGCUUUAAUAGUGACGAGAGCUAAGACUCGUUACUUUCCUGUCUUUGAAAAGAUUUUAAAAGACCACGGGGAGGCUUUUCUCGUUGGCAACCAGCUCAGCUGGGCAGACAUACAACUGUUAGAAGCCAUUUUGAUGGUGGAGGAACUCAGCGCCCCUGUGCUGUCCGACUUCCCUCUGCUGCAGUUAGUGAAACCACAGUUGCUGCCAUGUCUGGGAAGCCCGUGCUUCACUACUUCAAUGCCAGGGGCAGAAUGGAGUGCAUCAGGUGGCUUUUGGCUGCAGCAGGGGUGGAGGAUUGACAUGUAUGCAGAGGGUAUUGCAGAUCUGAGUGAAAUGAUUGGGCAUUUGGUUGUAACACCCCCAGAUCAAAAAGAAGCUAAGAUUUCCUUGAUAAAAGACAGGACCAAAAACCGGUACUUGCCUGUCUUUGAAAAAGUGCUGAAGAGCCAUGGACAAGACUACCUUGUUGGCAACAGGCUGACCAGGGUGGACAUUCACCUGCUGGAACUUCUCCUCUAUGUUGAAGAGAUUGACUCCAGCCUUCUGGCCCCUUUCCCCCUGCUGAAGGCCCUGAAGAGCAGACUCAGCAGUCUGCCCAAUGUGAAGAAGUUCCUACAGCCUGGCAGCCAGAGAAAGCCUCCUCUUGAUGAGAAGAAAAUCGAAGAGGCAAGGAAGAUUUUCAAGUUAUAGUAAAACUGCAUUGAUAGA